AUGGAAGCAUUUAUGGUAGAUAGAUUCGAUAUCUUUUUACAAUCCUUUGGUUUACGAUCCGAAGAUUACAAAUACAACAAAGAUAACAAUAACGAAGAUGUAGAGCCAUGUCCAAAGGUGUUGUUGUUCGCCGUACAGGUCAACAAGAAUAGGGGGAAUCUUAAAACGGUUUCCAUACCCCGUUCAGGCAAACAUCAGAGCUAUUGCAUGUACGAAGAUAAAAAGUCAAAAGAUGUUUUCACUUAUCAUUAUCCCGUAAAUACUGGCUCAUUUGAAUACAAAAACAAAAAGUAUGAAUUGGUGCCUUACAAUUCAGAGGUGUGCAAAAACAACUUUGUGGUCACACACAUCAGAAAUGUGAGACACGUCUUGUGUAGAGUAUGA